CGAGGAUGUGCGUGCGCCCCCUGCCGCUUUUCCCUUGCUCCUGCCGCUCCGGGCGGGGCAGGGCGGCUCGCGUGCCGGGGUGGGGCUUUCCUUCUUUAGUCCUGGGGCCAGGUCCCGGAGAUGAGAGAGCUGACAGCUCCUGGCCUCUGCGGCUCCCCCAGCGGGCGCGCCCGAUAUUCCGCGCCCCGCCUGCCCCGGGACCAAAGAUGAUGAUUCCAUCAGGAGAGUGUACAUAUGCUGGCAGGAAGAGAAGGAAACCCAUUCAGAAGCGGAGGCUUACCAUGGGGGCUGAGAAAUCAAAUCCUUCCAAACGGCACCGGGACCGCCUCAAUGCAGAGCUGGACCACCUGGCCAGCCUGCUGCCAUUUCCACCUGAUAUCAUCUGCAAGCUGGACAAGCUUUCCGUCCUGCGCCUCAGCGUUAGUUACCUCAGGGUGAAGAGCUUCUUCCAAGGUGCUCUGCCACUGUGCCUCAGAUGUACACACCUGGUGUGAGCCACAAACUCACAGCUUCGGGAAUCUGCUGAGAGGGGCCCAUCAUAUCUAGGUAUCUCCCCAUGUGAGUAGAUGAUACUGAGAUGAGAUUUUAGUUUUAGAUGUUAGAGUAAAUGUUGAUAGGACUUAUAUUUUUGGUUUUGAGCCAAACCCUUAAUGACUGAGCCAUCUCUCUAGUCCAUGUUGAUAAGACUUAACACUUAGGAUCAAAUAGCUUUCACAAUUACAUUGUUAGUGUAUGAAAAGAUCACUCUGAUUGUUCUCUGAUUUUCCUACCUCUUUUCAUUGAUUUCAAAAAAUAAACCUGACCAAUUAGAGACAGCCUUGAUCAAUUCCUCUCUCCCUUCCUUCUCUCCUGUCUCUGGAUUCCUUCCCAGGACAUAAGGAACUGAGGUUUGGUUUCCCUUCUUGCUUUCCUAGCAGACCUCCUCUGUGUAUGGUCCUCCCUCUGCCUCUGAGAGGAUCUGGAACAGCCUAGGACAUUGCUGCUCACUUUUGGUCAGGGUAGAUUUGUAUUUCUAUCCAGUUGUCCAAGCAGACUAGCUUGGAUAUCUGUACACAUCUAGUGACAUAGUUAAAACAUAACAUAACUCUCUAAUGAAAAAGCUACAUGUGGGAGGCUGGACCCCAAUCCUACUCUGCAAUGAUGCUGGUGUUCCUGACCCCCUUAGUAGGAGUAGAAGGAGAGAAGAAAGAAGGCCAAGAACUGUCCGGUGUGUCUGGCAUGUCUGUG